AUGCAAGUGUUCGUGCUGCCAUCACUGCGGAGGUUUUACGAGUUGAAGGGGCACACGGACGUGCCUACAACGUUUCGCAUUGCGAGGAGCUCCGAGUGGCCUGAACACUUGUGGGAUCAAUAUCUGGGCAGCACGGUAAAAAAUAUACGUCAACGGGGAGACUUCCGUGAACAAGUGAAGGGGGACCAGGACGAGCUGGAGCGACUGAAUUUCAGCGUUGGCCUGGCGCUAUCCAAUCACAAGCAUCGCGAGAAGGUGGUGCCGGCAAUUAAGGCAAGACCAGACGAGGCGUUGGGGCUUAUGCGGAAUGAUUCUGAGUGGAAGUGGAAUGAGCGAAUCAUGCCCGCUUUGGAGGCAUUUCACAGACUGAAUGAGCAUUGCCGAGUACCGCAAGCGUUCGUGGUGCCGUCGGAUGAACGCUGGCCAAAAAUGUCGUGGGGACUGAAAAUCGGUGAAGUCGUUAAAGGCAUUCGCUGUCGCGAUACGUACUCCACCCAGAGUUCGCGUGACAAGACUCGAUUGGUGGAGAUUGGUUUUGUGUGGGACUUCCAUGAAUCGGAGUGGAGCGAGCGCAUCAUGCCGGCUUUGGAGACUUUUCAUCGGCUUAAAGGCCAUUGUCGAGUGCCAAUUACAUUUGUGGUGCCAUCCGAUGAAGACUGGCCAAGACUGUCGUGGGGUCUGAGCCUUGGGAAGGCUGUCAGCAAAAUCCGCCAAGGCGCUUUCUUCACCCAAGUUUCACGAGACAAGAGUCGUUUGAAGGAGUUUGGUUUUGUGUGGGACUUCUAUGAAUCUGAGUGGAGCGAGCGCAUUGUAGUACCGCAAUCGUAUGUGGUGCCACAGGACAGGAUGAUAACUGGCCUGGACUGUCGUGGGGUCUGAAACUUGGAAUUAUUGUUAUGAUGAUCCGCCAAGGAUCAUGCUUUGGAGACUUUUUGUUAACUACGCGGUCAUUGUCGAGUACCGAGGUAUUUUCAGGUACCUGCGGAUGCCUCUUGGCCGACGCAAUCGCAUGGCCACAAGCUUGGUUUUGCAGUAUAUAAUAUUCGCAGCCGCGGCUCCUACUUUGACCAGAUUGCCCGAUCGAUGGACGCGUUGGAAGCAAUCGAAUUCGACUCGAUGACC